AUGAGAACCUCUGACAAAAGGCGACAGGACCUCAUCAAAGUCCCGGGUUGGCAAGUCGCCCCCGCGAAGAUCGAAACCAUCCUUCUUGCCCGCGAUUCCAUUAGAAACGCUGCAGUCAUCGGUAUAUCUGCCCCCGAAGGCCACGGGGAAGUUCCACACGCCUUCAUCGAGCUCAAAUCCAAACUCUUUCAAGAGCACAUGGCUACUUCUUAUGGUGCAGCCGACGAAGAAGAAGGAGGGAGAGAAGAGCUUGUCAAGGGUUAUAUAGGAGAAAGGCUAGCGCGCUAA